CACAGCUUCAUGGCGAAACCUCAUCAGGACAAUUAUAUAAUAUACUCGUCACGCUAACAUCAUGUCUUCUUCUGACGAGAAGUCCGAGACUGGUGGUAGCGACAAGACCCCCACCCCAAUGGGCAAGUCAGACGUUGCGUUUACAGUUUCCGAUGCUCGUUCUCGCUUCGCGCAGGCCAAAAGCGGCGGCGAUGUGUCUUCGGGUGGCUUCGCUGCACGUGCUCAGGGUGCUGGCGAUUGCAACGCCAACGCUGGCAGCCAGCAGGGUACCGGAGAAAAGAAGUGA